AUGAAUAUGGAAGAAACUGAAGAUAGCCUAUAUCCAAUUGCAGUUUUAUUGGAUGAAUUGAGAGCUGAUGAUGUCAACUUUCGAUUAAACGCCAUCAGACGACUUUCGACCAUUGCUUUGGCUUUGGGCGUUCAAAGGACUAGGGAUGAACUAAUACCAUUUCUUGACGAAUCAAUCGAUGAUGAAGAUGAAGUACUACUUGCAUUAGCUGAAGAACUUGGUAAUUUCUGUGAAUAUGUUGGUG